UUUACUGUCAAAUUGCAUUCCUCUUUGUUGUUGUCGCGUUUGUUUACGAUUUUUAAUAAAUAAAAGAUAGAAAACUAUAUAAUCAUUUUCUCGGUAUCUUACAAUGGUCAACUAUUGCUGUGUAAGUGGUUGUAGUCGAAAUAGUCGUUUGAACAACCACUUGACGUACUAUACCUUUCCCAAAGAUGUAAACCGGCAGGAACAGUGGCUAAGAGCAGUAGGACGCGAGGAUCUCAUUGACAAAGGCGAACUAAAGAGUGGAUACCGGGUCUGCUCCCGCCACUUUUCACCGAACAGCAUAAAGACGCAGUCUAAAAACCUCUGUCCUGACGCAGUGCCCACUUUAUGCCUGCCUCCCAAUGAAGUUAACACAAUUGAUCCAGAACCUAUGCAGCAUGAUGACAUUGUGUGCAACAGCUGUCAUAAGCCAAUCCGUGGGUUCCGCUACAAGUGUGUCUCGUGCGAUGACUAUGAUCUAUGCCCCAAGUGUGAGUCGAUGGAGACUCACUCCAACCACUACAUGCUGAGGAUACCCAAGCCUUUAAAAUUUAUGAUUGCUGACCAACUCAUAAAAAAAUGGAAGAGAUUUUUUAAAGCAGAACAUGUGGUACCUGACUGCCAGGAUGACUGUAAAGAUGGUAUAUUGGAUGCUUAUUCUGACGAAAGUGACGAUGAUGUUCCAAUCACGAAGUACGUGAUUCGAGCGAGCCAAGACAGCGAUCUGUCAGAAGACGUCAAAUCCGAAAUACGAAACGAGAUCGCCCGCGUCAUAGCCCUGAAGAGUGCGGAGAAAAGAAAGAAGAAGGAGAAAGCAAAAGGACAGACGAAUGGCAGGAAAAGGAGUGGAGUUGAUUUGGCAAGUUCAGUCAAGAAGCCGCGGCCAUCUGACCUGGUGGAAGACCCAGUCCUACCUCCUCCGCUGCUGACGCCGACACACGAAGUUGCUUUCGCUGACGUCAACGAGAUGUGUGACGUAAAGACCGAGGUGCCUGCUGCGAUGGCUAGCACAGACACAGAAUUCGGGCAGCCAUUGAUGCACGUCAGGCUCAGCGACGACCUAACAGAGCUGAUGAUCGAAAUGGCGGGAGAACCCAAGACAGUGUACCGAUACACUGACAGCUAGCAGUAACUUUAGUUCGAGUACACAAACAGAUUUGUUGGUGCUGUCAUGCCAAAAAUACAGGGUGAACGCUUAAAAUAAAAUCAAUAGUUUGGACCAUGUAAAUAAUGAUCAAAAUUAUUUACUCUAUCCAAUAUUUUUAUCCUUCUAAUCUCGACAUUAUGGUCUAUGUAAUUUAUGUUUAUAAACUUAACUUUUUAAAUGUUUUUUUAAAUUGUAAAUUCAGUAGCACUCAAGUAGGUAUUCUAAUAAACUGUCUUUUUUGUACUAAGAAACAAAUAAAAUAGUAUUGUUAUUGUUAUAAUUUAUUUAUAAGACAGUUUAUAUUGCUUAGGAAUAUAGACGACUAAUUUUCAAAGCCAAAGUCCCUCCUGAUUACACUGCACCCUGUAUUAUUUGGCAAAUGUACCAAGUUUAUUGAUUUCUGACCCACUUUGACUCGAACAUGCUCGAACCUUGUAAUGUUCUCGCAUGUUCGUUGCAAUUCUAUUUUUAUUUAGGUAUUGUCAAACUUAUGUUGGAGUCUUUGGAUAUUUUUUACUAACAUACUAGCCGGCCUGCUUACAGAUUCGUGGUUUAUUAUUCUGUAAAUAUUUAUGUAGCUAAGUAUGUAGAAUCAUAGUAUGGAAGGGAGUAUCAGAAUAGUAAGUUUAUUGCAAUUAAAUGUGUGUGCAACGGGUCCAUAUUGGCUCACCUAAAGUUAUUUACCCGAAAUUGUUCUUCCUAACGAUUUUAAAUCCGAAUGAUCACUCUUCCUAAAAUUUUUCAUCCUAAAGUUUUCAUUCAUACUAUUUGUAGUGCUACCGGCGAUGUUCAUAACACUCAUGUUUCCGAAAAUUUUAAUUAAUAAUAUCAUUUAUGUAAAUAUAUUUAAACUCCUACUGUUUUUUAUCAUAACACUUUUAUCCCUAAACAUUACCAUAAUAUUUUCACUCAUACCAUAGAAUAAUAAUAAAUACUACGUACAGAAGUACGUUCUUCGCGAAUAAAACGUAAGGCCACAGUUCUAACCUAACCUAAACCAAUUAUAAUGAAUAGACCGAUUCGUUUCUGGAACUUGACUGAAUGACUGGAGCGGGACUCUGGCUUCGCUCGCUCGGCUCGUGCGUUGUGGUCACAGUUCUAACCUAACCUAAACCAAUAAUUAUGAAUAGGACCGAUUCGUUUCUGGAACUUGACUGAAUGACUGGAGCGGGACUCUGGCUUCGCUCGCUCGGCUCGUGCGUUGUGGUCACAGUUCUAACCUAACCUAAACCAAUAAUUAUGAAUAGGACCGAUUCGUUUCUGGAACUUGACUGAAUGACUGGAGCGGGACUCUGGCUUCGCUCGCUCGGCUGGUGCGUUGUGGUCACAGUUCUAACCUAACCUAAACCAAUAAUUAUGAAUAGGACCGAUUCGUUUCUGGAACUUGACUGAAUGACUGGACCGGGACUCAAGUAUACGUGCUAAUGCCAACAAACUUGAACUUUAAUAUAUCGUUAAAGAAAGAAAUCUAAACAAAAAAGAUAUGACUUUGAAUAAUAGUGUAAAAUAUGGUUAUGUUUAGAAAAUCUAGGAGAACAAAUAAAAGUGUAAUAGAUGUUUAUUGCUAAUGACAUUAUGAAGUUGAAUGAUUCGGAAUUAUGAACAUUAGAGACAGAGUAGUUAGGAAUUGUGAUUGUUAGGAUGAAAAAUUUUAGGAUGAACAUUUUCGGACUUCCAAUUUUCGGAGUUGAAAAUUUAGGUGAACUUUGGCGCACCCGUGUGCAACUGCAAUUUUGAAUAAUUAAGUGUAAAUAUUAUGUGAGAAGUUUAAUAAAUGUGUUGCCUAUC